GAUUGCAAGUACAUAUUCUCAAGUUAUUUUCCUUUCCUUAUUAUUUUUUGUUUGUGAGCCGCUUUAUAAUAUCAACAAUAGCCCUGUGCUUCUAAUAUUUAUUUUUUAUUUCAUCCUCCAUAAAACAAUUACAAUUAUGAACGACGAGAAGCACGUUGCUGGAGCUGCGACACAGACGCCAGACUUCUACUCGUCCGACGAGUCAAACACAAAUAAGGAGUUUGACGUUCCUGAGGACGUCGACGGCAAGAAGCUCAAGUGGGCGUACCGCAAGGUUGACGCCACUCUUCUCUUCAUUCUCUUCCUCAGCAAUGUUCUCAACAGCAUGGACAGAGCCAACCUGGGGUUGUCCAAGGUAGCCGGGUUGGAGAAAGAUCUUGGCUUGAAAGGCAGCGACUUCAACGUCAUUGCCAGCAUCAUGUACCCGACCUACCUCGUAUGCAUGCUUCCGAGCAACCUGGCCCUGCGCAAGUUCGGCGCUCGCUUCUGGCUCAGCCUGAUUACUGUUGUCUGGGGCCUCAUUAACAUGUGCAUGGCGUUUGCCAAGAACCGUACUGAUAUGAUUCUUUGCCGUCUGUUCCUCGGUGCCGCCGAGUCGGGAGCUGCCCCAGGCGCCCUCAUGCUGAUCUCUCUGUGGUACCCUCGCCACAUGGUCACCUCGCGCGUGGCCCUGUUUUACUCGGCGUUUGCUGCUGGUGCCAUCAUCGGCGGGCCCAUCGCUGCUGGUAUUGGCAAAAUGACCAACCCGCGCUUUAAUGGUUGGGAGUGGAUCUUCUUUAUCGAGGGCCUGGUUACCGCUGGAUUCGGUCUUCUGAUGUACGUCUUUUUGGCUGACUAUCCCAACAAGAGCUGGACCAUGAACAAUAAGGAGAAGGCUCUGAUUGGUCAGAAUAUGGCACUUGACCAGAUUGACGGAGGUCACCGCCCUGUGUCGUACAAGAGGCUUUUGCAGCAUGCCUGCGACCCGCUGAUCUACAGCCAGGCGCUCAUCCUCUUCACCGCUAACUUUGGUGUAAACACAAUCCUGACUUUCUCAGCCAUCAUUGUCAAAAACCUCGGGUACGAUGCCGGGGCCUCACAGGCCCUGCAGGCGGCCCCCGGCAUUUGCGGCUUCAUCGGUUGCAUAUUAAGUCGCUACUAUCCCAGAUUUUUUGGCAACCACUACCGCAGCUCGCUUUUCUGCUCUGCUUGGGUUGCUGUCGCCUCGAUCAUCCUGCUGUCCACCCGCAACAGUGGCGCCAACAUUUUUGCUCUCUGCAUUCUGUCCUUUGGCAGCUUUGGCAAUGUCAGUAUGGGUCCCGGAUGGCUUAUGAGCAACGUCGGCGGUCCCACUCGCGGUGCCCUUGGCGGCGCCAUGAACGUCAUCUGCGGCGGUCUUGGUGGUCUCUGCACCUCGUACAUCUACCGCAACAAGGACGCCCCUAACUACAUGUUUGGCCAUGGCAUGAAUCUCUUUGCCGCGUUGCUUGCCUUCAUCACCGCAACCAUCUCGUACGUCAUUAUUGUCCGCCGGAACAAAUUCAGAGAAGCGCACCCCAUUGACAUUUCAAACAUGUCGGAAGAUGAGGUUAAGGACCUCGAGACUGACCACCCCAACUUUAGGUUUGUUGAGUAAAGUGUGCUGUCAUUUGUCUUUUGGAGCACUUGACACCCAGUUUUCUUAUUUCCUUUUCCUUUUAUGAUUAAUUAUUACUUGUACGAUAUCCUGCUUUUAUUUAAAUACAUUUUUCUAUUUUCAAUUA